AUGGCAGAACAAAAAGAUAACUGGUCUUCUGACGCCUACCAGAAUGCGGCAUCGUUCGUCCCCAAGCUGGCCACCAAGGUCAUGCAAUGGCUGGAUCCGCAGAAAGACGACGUGAUCCUCGACGUUGGCUGUGGAGUCCUCGACCUCACCACCCUCCCCACCUCCACUACCACCACCCUCCCCCCCUCAACCUUCACCAAAGCCUUCUCCAACGCCGCCCUGCACUGGAUCCUCUCGGCACCGUCCACACGCGAAGCCGUGUUCCGCGGCGUAAGCACCGCCCUCCAGCCCGGCGGCACCUUUGCCUUUGAGAUGGGCGGGCUGGGCAACGUGGCCGAGGUGCGGGCGGCGCUGCUCUCGGCGGUGGGGCGGCGCGUCGGGGUGGCGCGCGCGGCGGCGGCGGACCCGUGGUUUUUUCCGGACGAGGAGUGGGUGAAGGGGUUUUUGGAGGGGACGGUGGGGGGGUGGGAGGUGCAGAGGGUGGAGAGGGAGUGGCGGCCGACGGUGGCGGAUGUUGGCGGGGUGGAGGGGUGGGUGAGGUUGAUGGGGAAGAAGUGGUUUGAGGUGUUGCCGGAGGGGGAGAGGGAGGAGUGUAUAAGGGAGGUGGUCGAGGUGUUGGAGGUGGUUUGUAGUCAGCCGGGGGGUGGGUAUAUGCUGAGUUAUGUGCGGUUGAGGGUGGUGGCUAGAAAGCUUUAG